CUUGAGCAUGUCAUGGCUAGUUCACAAUUUGCAUAUUUAUCUAAUACUCUUAUGUUGUUUGAGCAUUCUCAACUCUGGCUUUACUGCUACCAUGUCCAGCUCCAGGCUAAUGGGGAACGACACAGACCGAGUUUCAUUGCUGGCAAUCAAGGCCAAAAUAGUUGAGGAUCCACUACAUGUUUUGAGCUCCUGGAAUGAUUCUAUCCACUUCUGCCAAUGGCAGGGCGUUACGUGCAGUCAUAGGCAUCAGAGGGUCGCUGCCUUGGUCUUACAGUCCCGGGAGUUGGUGGGAUCGAUAUCACCACACAUCGGGAAUUUAAGCUUUCUGAGGGAAUUACGGCUUCAGAACAAUAGCUUUGGCAAUGAAAUUCCCUCGGAAAUUGGCCGUUUGCCAAGGCUGCAGAUUUUGCUGCUGAGCAACAAUUUAAUUGGUGGCCGAAUUCCUGUAAAUAUAUCUCGUUGUGCUAACCUCGUUUACAUCAAUUUUUCUUACAACAGGUUGGCAGGAGAAGUUCCUAUGGAGCUGGGAUCCUUGUCGAAGCUCGCAAUCGUGAUUAUAUCCGUCAACAAUCUUACAGGGAGUAUCUCUCCUUUCACGAAUUUGUCAUCUCUUCGCGAGUUGUUUUUAGAUACAAACUACUUUGACGGCAGCAUUCCUGAUGGUUUUGAUCGAUUGAAGAAUCUUCAGAAAUUCGCACUCGGCACAAACUGGUUGUCUGGCGUCAUCCCUGCGUCGCUCUUCAACCACUCUUCUCUCACAACUUUUGAUGUCACUAUUAACCAAAUCUGGGGAAGUCUUCCCUGGGACUUGGGAAUCACUCUUCCCAAUCUUGAAUUCUUCAGCAUUAGUGCAAACCAAUUUACAGGAUCAAUUCCGGUUUCAAUAUCGAAUGCAUCUAAACUCCACCAACUGCAAUUGGGUCCAAACAAACUUACUGGAAAGGUUCCUAAUUUAGCAAGGCUGCAAAACCUCAAGUGGCUAAGCAUUGGGGACAAUCAGCUUGGUUCCAGGGAAGCUGAUGACUUGAACUUUAUCCACUCUUUGAUCAAUGCUACAAAUUUACAGCAUUUGGACGUGGGCCUGAACAAUUUUGGCUGCAAGUUUCCAGAAUCCAUCGGUAAUCUCUCGAGCAAUCUUCAAGUUUUGUAUCUAGACAACAAUCAGAUAUUCGGAAGCAUUCCACCCGGGAUUGUAAAUCUUGUUGGCUUGCAGAGUUUGAAUAUGCAGCUUAACCAAUUCACUGGUACUAUUCCAAGUGGGAUUGGAAAGCUUCAAAAUCUACACCAAUUGAAUCUCUUCAACAAUUCAUUGUCUGGUAACAUCCCAUCUUCCCUAGGAAAUCUGAGUUUGUUAAGUAAACUUGUUUUAGGACUUAAUAACUUUCAGGGAAACAUCCCUCUGAGCCUAGGGAAUUGUAGUAAUUUGCAAAAGUUGUCUCUUUCUCAAAACAACCUUAAUGGCACCAUACCAAAACAAGUUGUUUCUAUCUCAUCCUUAUCUGUAUAUCUAGACCUAUCCCAAAACCAAUUGAGUGGUUCUCUUCCCAUGGAAGUUGCAAAGUUGACAAACCUUGGUUACUUGGAUGUCUCUAAGAACCUAUUAUGGGGUGAAAUUCCGAGCACUCUGGGUAGCUGCACAAGUUUGGAAACGCUACGUUUGGGGAACAACUUUUUCAACGGAACCAUUCCUUCUUCUUUGAGUUUCUUGAGAGGCCUUAGUGAGUUGGAUCUCACAAAUAAUAGCUUGUCUGGUGUAGUACCAACACAAGGUGUAUUUAGUAAUGCAAGUAUAAUAUCAGUAAUGGGAAACAGUAAGCUCUGCGGGGGGGUAGCUGAAUUGAAGCUACCUAUAUGCAACUUCAAAGUGGAUGAAAAUAGGAUAUCAAACAAUGCCUUAACUUUAGCACUCUCUAUACCCUUUGGGCUUGUAGGACUAGCUCUCGUGGGGUGUGUUUUCUAUCUUUGCCGAUUCAGAAAUAGAAGAAAAGAUACUCCUUCAGAUUCAUCAAAAAAUUCACUCUUGAGGGUGUCUUACCAAACUCUUGUUAAAGCCACUGAUGGCUUCUCAUCUUUCAAUUUAAUUGGUGUUGGUGGUUUCGGGUCUGUGUACAAAGGAGUUAUUGAUGGAAGAAUUGUCGCUGUGAAGGUGCUCAACCUUUUGCGACAUGGAGCUUCGAAGAGUUUUGUAUCCGAAUGUGAGGCCUUGAGAAACAUCAGACAUCGAAAUCUUGUCAAAGUGCUAACAACAUGUUCGACAGUAGAUUAUCAGGGCCAUGACUUCAAGGCCCUAAUUUACGAGUUCAUGGUCAAUGGGAGCCUUGACGAGUGGUUACAUCCAAAUCCCAAUGAAGAUUUGUCAAAUGAAGAGUUUAAGAAGCUAAACCUUCUUCAGAGACUAAAUAUUAUCAUUGAUGUUGCUUGUGCCCUGAAUUAUCUUCACAACCAGGGCCAAACCCCAAUAGUCCACUGCGAUCUUAAGCCAAGCAACAUUCUUCUGAACAAAGAUAUGACAGGGCAUGUUGGUGAUUUUGGGUUAGCAAAAUUCCUUGCAGACCAUGCCACCCAUGACUUGUCUACAAAUGAAACAAGCUCUGUUGGCAUAAGGGGAACAAUAGGUUAUACUGCUCCAGAAUAUGGUAUGGGAAGUGAGGUCUCAGCAUAUGGUGAUAUCUACAGUUUUGGCAUCCUCAUGUUAGAAAUGUUUACUGGGAAAAGACCCACUGAUGAAAUGUUUAAAGAUGGUUUAAGCCUCCACAGCUUUGUGAAAGGGGCUUUGCCUGGCAGUGUAUCGGAGAUUUUAGACCCAAUACUUUUUCAGAUCGAAGGAGAAGAAGAACAAAGCUUCAUAAGGAGUGAAAAAUUUGUGGAGUGCUUGAGUUUGAUACUUGAAAUUGGAGUCGAUUGUUCUUCAGAACUGUCUAGAGAAAGAACAAACAUUAAUGAUGUUGUAGCUAAAUUGCAUUUCAUCAAAGACACUCUUCUAGGAUUUGAAAUACAUUGA